UAACUAUAUAAAUAUGAUGAAAGAACAAAUGGAAGAAUAUGAAAAAAGAAGAUUGGCUAGUUUGAAAAGUUCAGAAGAGGAAGACACAUAUUAUGAAAAUCAAGUGCCUGAAUUAAAUGAAUUGCCUAGUCCAUCAUCCAGUCCCAAAAAUGAAGCCUUAUAUCUUGUAAAUUUAUCCUACCGUUUUUAAUUUAUUUUAUAUACGAGAAUUACCUAAAUAAUAAGGUAAUUUAUAUACAGGAACUUAUAAAGUAUAUAAAGAAACAUAGGAAUAUAAUAAAAAAAGCCAGUCAAGGAGAGGGACAUGCUUCUGGGAAUUCCUAGGUUUUCUUAAACAUCCCAACUUAAAAUGAGUUAUUCAAACAGUUUAUGUUUAAGAGGUGAUCAUCCUGUAAAUGGUGUUAUAAUAGAUUUUGAGGCCUUUACAAUUAAGGAUGAACAUCUUCCCUUUGAUACGUUAGUACGGCAACUGGGGUUUGUAGCUAGAUACAGGGACGAUUUUGGUAGAAUAAAUUUUUAUAACGAAUUUAUAACUUUUAGGGAACUAAGUUACAGAGAUCAAAAAUCUGUUCAAUUUGGAAAUAAACUUCACGGGCUAUAUCUUUCUUACGAUAGACAUCUCCUUUGUAACCGCUCCCUGCAUCUUGUAAAAAUGUCUGAACCUGCAACUCUGUUGUUCUACUGUUUUUGCACCCUGUUCAUCAUGUUACCAUGUUAGGAAGAAACAUUACUCCUGUCCACAUUGAUAUGCUUACUGCUCGUACAGUCAUGUCGACGGUUUCAUCUUUAUAUUGUAUAGCUUUAGGCAUAUUUU